AAACACUUUUUCCGCGAAAACAAAGCCUGAGUACAUAGUAAUUUUUCAUUUCACUGUCACAAAUCACUAAUCAUCAAACACCAUGAAGAAACGCAAUCUCCAAAGCUCCAAGGUCCAAUCGCCAAACCCCGUUCAGUUCAGCUCCAAGACGCCGGAGAAACUGUCGCAACGGAACCGCACCUGCGGCGUCGCGCUCUCCGUCGCAGAUAUAAAAGAAGUAGGCAAGGGUUUGCAGAAUCGGAAGCGACGUUGUGAAACGACGUCGUCACCGCCGCCAAGCAAGAGUGUGAGGAGGCAGAUCUUACAGUGGUCUUCUCCGAGUAAAUCCAAGAGUACUAACGAUGAUCCCUACAAGCUUCCCGAAAAAUACGAAAUUUUGGAUCAGUUCUUCGAUCUCUUGGACACUUUAAUUUCAAUGUUUCGUCUGAAAGGGAAGACGCCGUCUUUUAUGGAAAUCAGUCACAGAAUUGAAUCUUUAACAGACAGGAGGUUUACUCACGGCCAUCUAGCGCAGUUGAAAUUUAUAUUGCCUGAUGCUAUUGUUCUGAAGAAGUUUCUAGUGCAUGAUGAACGGACCAGUUGUAUGAAGCAGGAUAUUCACAUUUCUUUAGCUCCUGAGGCGGUAGAGUCUGAUGUGAAGAUGCCUCCUCAACGUGGGAGAGUGUCAUUGAAGAAGUUGUUUCACGCACGGCUUAGAGAAUUUUGGGAAUCUCAUCCUGAGGGUGAUGAAAUUCCAGAAGGAACUUUACCGGAGCCAUUCAAUCGCCCAAAGAAAGUCAAUAUUUUAGACACGUCGGAAACUCGUCUCCCAACAAAAUUAUCACUCUGCAUGCGCUAUAAUGACAUUGUCAAUAAUGUAGAGUCUGCUAGCAUAGAUGAAAAUAUGUCUGCACCUGUAGAGACAUCAAUUGAAUUGCCUAAUGAGCGUCUGGCAGCAGCUUCUCACAUUGCUCCAUUCUUUAGAGCAAGAUUUUCUUUGAAACUUCAACAAAAUUUAGCAGAUACUGUACAGCAAAUUUCUCAAGUAUAUUCAGUACAACCCUCCCCAGCUGAGUGGGCUUCACAAGCAGCUAGCAGUGAAAAUUAUUCAACAAUAUGUGCCUCUCUGAAAUCAUCCAGUGCUCCAGCUCCCACUUCUACUCCAAGCAAAACCGUCGACUACACAGAAAACGAAGAUGCUUCUUCUCUCGAGAGGAUUGAUGCCAUGUCAACUCCCGCUAAACUUGUUUCUACUCCAAUUAGGUUGAUGAGUGCCACACCUGCCUUGCGUUCACCCAAAAGAUAUCUUAUGAGUCCUGAUGACCACCCAACCAGUUCUUUGAACAAGUUAGCUAGGCGGCCAACUCGCUCAAGAUCAUUGAGAUUUGACAGCCCAGUGAAGAAUGAGGAGGUUGUGAAUGAAGACAAUGCCGGUGGAUUACCAAUAGAUGAUGUUUUUGACAUCCUCCCAGGAAAAUUUGUCCAAUCGGGAAUCGUGAGAUCACCCAAAGGAUGAUACUAACCGAAUUCCUCUUCGGCUUGGCUCAGCAAUUCUUGAAAUAAAGGCUCCUUCAAGAAGGACACUGGAAUCAAGAACCGCUUCAAUUUUUCUCCGACAUACACUGCAAGAUAGCCUCUUGGAACUUCCAGCACCUUGCAAGAAGAUUCUUUGCUUUCACUAAAUGAUUAUUGUCUAAUACCCGGUAAGCGAAAACCCAUUGUUUUAAUGAUUGCUUCACCUGCUGAUGGAAAAAAUGAUUUCUAAGUAGUAGAUUGAAGCAGUCACCUUUAGUUUUAAUGCUUCAGUACGAGAAUGAUUUAUGUUGCUUAUGAAACCAGUGAAGGGUAUAUAUAGAGGGUGUAAAGUUUUUCCCUAGCUUAUUGGAUGGUAAAAAUGCGCUUUGGUGGGAGACAAGUUCCUUAAAUAUCACAUUUUAUUGUCUUGAAGGCUUUCAAUGGAGGAUUACAUAAUAACACAAUUACACGCCCCACCAUUUAGAAUAUAGGCCUACCAAAGGAUUCGGUAAUGACCUACUGCUUCACUUGUUUCAGACAACUCUAAAACAUAUCAAAUCCUUUGUUCUUUCAUAGGGAAACUGAUAGCUGUUGGUACAUGAAAUUCCACCUAUAAAAGAUGAAAUUUACUUUGAAGCUGUUACAUGAUUGUGAUUGGAGACAACGUUUUUAAUGGCAUUAUCCUGACUUUUUUUUUUCAUUUUUCUAUUAGAUUUGUCGCAGUAUUCUCAAAGUGUUAUUGUCUGGCCACAUAGCUUCACCAGUGACUAAUCACCAAUGUACAAACACGUGCCAGAGUGGUUAAUAUAUCUUAAAAUAAUAUAUAAUACGUUAUAUCAACAUUAAAUUCAUGGUACAAAUUCUUAAAUUAAAAGAAAUUAAAUAUAGUUUAUUCAGUUAAUGGGACGUUAAAUUUUAAAUUUUAAAGAUUUGGAUGUAUUUAUUUGAAGUUAGUAAUUUCAAGUAGUUAACUAUAUAGAAGAAAAAACUCAAACUAUCCAUUUUUACAAUUUCAUAAAUUCAAAAAAAAAAAUAUUUUGCAUUUACUUUUGCUGGCUCAUGAAUGUAUCACUUGUUAUGAUAUAAUCCUCGUGGUUGACAAUGGAAGGGCUUCCUGCUGGACUGUCUUGAAAAAACUGCAAUUACGCAAAACUAGUGAUGAGUAAUGUAGUCAAUGAUUCAAUAUUUAAAAUUAGCGAUAGUGUACAAUUCUGCUCUGAUCUUGCAGGUAUAAAAUCUACAGGUCAUAACGACUAAUGAUCAAGCUCUUAAUGUUGUUCUGAGUAUAUGGUCUUAAGAUUUUCUUUGCAUAUGACAGAAUAAUUAGUCGAACUCUAAUUCAUGAGCGGUACCAAACUAGCUUUAGGGUCUUCCUAGGAAAUAUUUAAUGAAUAAGUUAAUGGAGAACACGAAAGUUUAUGUGUACUGUAACUUCUGUUAAUGAUAGUAAGCUAACAUGAGGUAAAUAAUAUUUUUAAAUUAAUCAUACACUUAAUAAGGGUUAUAAGAGAUAUUGAUGGACAGACAUGGAUAGGAAAGAAGGAAAUAAGCCGUGGAUGAUAGAUCAGUUGAUGCUAUAUUCAAUUUAUUUGGAUCAGGAUUUUUCUAGUUUUCAUUUAUCAGUGUUGUGAACUGUAAAUUACUUUACAGAGGAUCACCACUAUAGUUUGUCCCAGAAGCAACAAACAGGUCAUGUGAUGCUGCUGCUGAUUGAUUGGGACAAUGCAAAGCAAUGACCCUUAGAAAUUGAGAUUGAUUUUAAGGUGUAUGUAGAAUGGGUAGAAUGGGUAGAACCACUAGAUUAGGAAGAUAUUUGAUCUAUUGUACCAAGAAAAAUCCAGGAAUCAGGUGAACCAAAUAUUUUAGAAGAAUCUAGCAAAUGGCAGGUUCAGGAAAGAUAUAUGUUGAUGUUCCAAGUUUUGCUAAUCAACAUAUAGGUAAUUAAUACAAUAGUUCUGCAACUAUAACAGUAUAUUAGAUAUACAUCAAUACCUCAAAUAAUAGAAUUCAAAAAAGAUAUAACAAAAGUUAAAUUGUUGAAUAAAUCUCUUUUCAUUACUUUCUGGUUAACAUCUUUCCACUCCUUGUUGAAAAGGUAAAGAACAAAAAUGAAAAAUUAAAAGAAAUUUCCUCCUGUACAAUUUUUUUUUUCUAAUCUACUCUGGUAAGUCUUCUCUAGCAUGAGUUAUAGCCCAUUCAAGCGAGAAGUGACAUUCAGGAACACAUCCUCCUUACAAGGAAUUGUGAGACCACCCGUUGGAUGAGAAUAUCCAAAUUCUUCUUCUGAUUGACUCAGUAAAUCCUGAAAAGUAGGUUGGUUCAAGUAUGAUAUAGGAAUCAGAAACCGCCUCAUGUUAUCUCCAACAUAGACUGCAAGAAAACCUUUUGGUGGGAUUUCAGCCCCCUUAGAUGCUCGUUUAAUAACAGGUAAACGGAAACCCAUUGUGUUGUUUCAGUUGACGAAAACUGAUGUAGAAGAAGGAAUGCACAAACUUUGAUUCUUUCGAGAGAAAUUGAGUUGUGUUGCUUGUGAAUAUAAGUGGCUAAUAAUAUAUACAUAUAGAUGACUCAGGUUUUGUGGAUAAUAUUUGGCGCAAAAGUUAGAAGUGGACGAGCCUUUUGAUGUGUUCAUGUGUAGGAGACAAACAGACACGGGUCAUAAGAGAUGACAUGAUAGUUUUAGAGACUACAGAGAAACUCAGAUGUGUGCCCUACAUUUCUUGGAGAUGUGCCAGCAUGAUGACUACAAAAAUGAAAGGGACGUUACGUGUUGGAGAACCUAUCAAUUAUGUAGCCAUGGUAAACUGUAAUUUGUAAUUGCAUAGUUUAGACAAAGCUUCAGACAAUCACCAAAUGAAAAUUAUA